ACUCAUUCCUAGCCCUAGCUGCGCCGCCUGUCUCCGCCCUGCUCGGGCCGACUCCCACCGCGCAGGCGCAGACGCACCCCCUGGUUAGCGUCCGUGCAGGUGCCGAGCCCCUCCCUCGGCGGUUGGCCAUAUAGAGGCUGGGGGGGAGUAGGUCUAGCGUUGCCUCUUCUCCUUUACCAAGAUGGCGUCUUGUCCAUAUUUCGCCACAGUUCCUACCUUAUGAGCCUGGUUUCUUCUUCACGCUAAUAAGAUUGGAAAAGCAAAAGCUGGCAGGCUGACAGAGGCAGCCUCAGGACGGACUUUCUGGCUACUGACCAUUUUGCUGUGGCUUACCCGGAUUGCGUGUUGGUGUGAGAUCAACCAUGAGUUCUGUUGCAGUUUUGACCCAAGAGAGUUUUGCUGAACACCGAAGUGGGCUGGUUCCACAACAAAUCAAAGUGGCCGCGUUAAAUUCCGAGGAGGAGAGCGACCCUCCGACCUACAAGGAUGCCUUCCCGCCGCUUCCUGAGAAAGCAGCUUGCUUGGAGAGUGCCCGGGAACCUGCUGCGGCCUGGAGCAACAAGAUCCGGCCCAUCAAAGCCUCUGUCAUCACUCAGGUGUUCCAUGUGCCCCUAGAGGAAAGAAAAUAUAAGGACAUGAAUCAAUUUGGAGAAGGUGAACAAGCAAAAAUCUGCCUUGAGAUCAUGCAGAGAACCGGUGCUCACUUGGAGCUCUCUUUGGCCAAAGACCAAGGCCUCUCCAUCAUGGUCUCAGGGAAGCUAGAUGCUGUCAUGAAAGCCCGGAAGGACAUCGUUGCUAGAUUGCAGACUCAGGCCUCAGCAACCGUUCCCAUUCCUAAGGAGCACCAUCGCUUUGUUAUUGGCAAAAAUGGGGAGAAACUGCAAGACUUAGAGCUAAAAACUGCAACCAAAAUCCAGAUCCCACGCCCAGAAGACCCCAGCAAUCAGAUCAAGAUCACUGGCACCAAAGAAGGCAUAGAGAAAGCUCGCCAUGAAGUACUCCUCAUCUCUGCUGAGCAGGACAAGCGUGCUGUGGAGAGAUUAGAAGUGGAGAAGGCCUUCCAUCCCUUCAUCGCAGGGCCAUACAAUAGGCUUGUGGGUGAGAUCAUGCAGGAGACGGGGACACGCAUCAAUAUCCCUCCACCCAGUGUCAGCCGGACGGAGAUCGUCUUCACUGGAGAGAAGGAGCAAUUGGCUCAGGCAGUGGCUCGAAUCAAGAAGAUUUAUGAGGAAAAGAAAAAGAAGACCACGACCAUCGCAGUGGAGGUGAAGAAAUCGCAGCACAAGUAUGUCAUUGGCCCGAAGGGCAACUCCCUACAGGAGAUCCUCGAAAGAACCGGUGUCUCUGUGGAGAUCCCACCCUCAGACAGCACCUCUGAAACUGUGAUCCUUCGAGGCGAGCCUGAGAAGUUGGGGCAGGCAUUGACAGAAGUCUAUGCCAAGGCUAACAGUUUCACAGUUUCCUCAGUCUCUGCCCCUUCCUGGCUCCACCGUUUCAUUAUUGGUAAGAAAGGGCAGAACCUGGCCAGAAUCACUCAGCAGAUGCCAAAGGUUCACAUCGAAUUCACAGAAGGUGAGGACAAGAUCACCCUGGAAGGUCCCACAGAGGAUGUAAAUGUGGCCCAAGAACAGAUUGAAAGCAUGGUCAAAGACCUGAUUAACCGGAUGGACUAUGUGGAGAUCAACAUCGACCACAGGUUCCACAGACACCUCAUUGGGAAGAGUGGCGCCAACAUAAACAGAAUCAAAGACCAGUACAAGGUGUCUGUGCGCAUCCCCCCUGACAGUGAGAAGAGCAACCUGAUCCGCAUCGAGGGGGACCCCCAAGGUGUGCAGCAGGCCAAGCGGGAGCUUCUGGAGCUCGCGUCUCGCAUGGAAAACGAGCGUACCAAGGAUUUAAUCAUCGAGCAGAGAUUUCAUCGCACAAUCAUCGGGCAGAAAGGUGAACGGAUCCGUGAAAUUCGUGAUAAAUUCCCAGAGGUUAUCAUCAACUUUCCAGACCCAGCACAAAAAAGUGACAUUGUCCAACUCAGAGGGCCCAAGAAUGAAGUGGAAAAAUGCACCAAGUAUAUGCAGAAGAUGGUGGCAGACCUGGUGGAAAAUAGCUACUCGAUUUCUGUUCCGAUCUUCAAACAGUUCCACAAGAACAUCAUUGGAAAAGGAGGUGCAAACAUUAAGAAGAUCCGUGAAGAAAGCAACACCAAGAUUGACCUUCCAGCAGAGAACAGCAACUCUGAGACCAUCAUCAUCACAGGCAAGCGUGCCAACUGUGAGGCUGCGCGGAGUCGGAUUCUGUCCAUCCAGAAGGACCUGGCCAACAUAGCCGAGGUGGAGGUCUCAAUACCGGCCAAGCUGCACAACUCUCUCAUUGGCACAAAGGGCCGUCUGAUCCGCUCCAUCAUGGAGGAGUGUGGUGGGGUCCACAUCCACUUUCCUGUGGAAGGUUCCGGAAGUGACACCGUUGUCAUCAGAGGCCCUUCCUCAGAUGUGGAAAAGGCCAGAAAGCAGCUCCUGCACCUGGCUGAGGAGAAGCAAACCAAGAGUUUCACUGUGGACAUCCGAGCCAAGCCAGAGUACCACAAAUUCCUUAUUGGCAAAGGGGGCGGCAAAAUCCGCAAGGUGCGCGACAGCACCGGAGCCCGCAUCAUCUUCCCAGCCGCAGAGGACAAGGACCAGGACCUGAUCACCAUCAUAGGAAAGGAGGACGCUGUCCGGGAGGCUCAGCGAGAGCUGGAGGCCCUGAUCCAGAACCUGGACAAUGUAGUCGAAGACUACAUGCUGGUAGACCCCAAGCACCACCGCCAUUUUGUCAUCAGAAGGGGCCAGGUGCUGAGAGAGAUUGCCGAGGAGUAUGGCGGGGUGAUGGUCAGCUUCCCACGCUCGGGCACACAGAGUGACAAGGUCACCCUCAAAGGCGCCAAGGACUGUGUGGAAGCAGCCAAGAAACGCAUCCAGGAGAUCACUGAGGACCUGGAGGCUCAAGUGACCAUGGAGUGUGCUAUUCCCCAGAAAUUCCAUCGAUCUGUCAUGGGCCCCAAAGGUUCCAGAAUACAGCAGAUCACCCGGGAUUACAGUGUCCAGAUCAAGUUCCCAGACAGAGAGGAAACCCCUGUUCAUGGCAUGGAACCUACCAUCCAGGAGAAUGGAGAUGAAGCCAGCGAGAGCAGAGAGGCCGACCCCGGCUCACCCAGGAGGUGUGACAUCAUCACCAUCUCUGGCCGAAAGGAGAAGUGUGAGGCUGCCAAAGAAGCUUUGGAGGCCCUUGUUCCAGUCACCACUGAAGUGGAGGUACCCUUUGAUCUCCACCGUUACAUCAUUGGGCAGAAGGGGAGUGGGAUCCGCAAAAUGAUGGAUGAGUUUGAGGUGAAUAUUCAUGUCCCAGCUCCUGAGCUGCAGUCUGAUGUCAUCGCCAUCACGGGCCUUGCUGCAAAUCUGGACAGGGCCAAGGUGGGGCUGCUAGAGCGUGUGAAGGAGCUGCAGGCUGAGCAAGAAGACCGGGCUCUAAGGAGCUUCAAACUGAAUGUCAUCGUAGACCCCAAAUACCAUCCCAAGAUCAUUGGGAGGAAAGGGGCAGUGAUCACCCAAAUCAGACUGGAGCAUGACGUGAACAUCCAGUUUCCGGAUAAGGAUGAUGGGGGCCAGCCCCAGGACCAAAUCACCAUCACCGGCUAUGAGAAGAACACAGAAGCUGCCCGGGAUGCCAUUAUGAAGAUUGUGGGGGAGCUUGAGCAGAUGGUGUCUGAGGACGUCCCCCUGGACCACCGUGUCCAUGCCCGCAUCAUUGGUGCCCGUGGCAAAGCCAUCCGAAAAAUCAUGGAUGAGUUCAAGGUGGACAUCCGCUUCCCCCAGAGUGGAGCUCCAGACCCCAACUGUGUCACUGUGACGGGGCUCCCAGAGAAUGUGGAGGAGGCCAUCGACCACAUCCUUAACCUCGAAGAAGAAUACCUGGCUGACGUGGUAGACAGCGAGGCGCUACAGGUUUACAUGAAACCCCCGGCACAUGAAGAGGCCAAGGCCCCAUCCAAGGGCUUUGUGGUGCGGGAUGCUCCCUGGGCCAGCAGCAGUGAGAAGGCUCCUGACAUGAGCAGCUCUGAGGAAUUUCCCAGCUUUGGGGCGCAGGUGGCCCCUAAGACCCUCCCCUGGGGUCCCAAGCGAUAAUGAUCAAAAAGCAGAAACCUUUCCAGCCUGCUGACCUGCACCUACCCACACAGUGGUUUGUCUCCACCUGACCCAGCGGCUGGACCCUCAUGACUUGUUGAUGCGCUUCCCUUCCCUGAGGUCUUGCAGUGACGCCUGACGGGCCGGCCCCAUGCGGCCGCUGCUCCAGGCCCAGUCGGCACCCAGCAGCUCGGCAUCUGCCCCGACACUGCUCCAGGACAGGUGCGCCACUGUCUGAAACACUAAGCCAAGGUAAUUGAGCACCUCAUGAGCACACAGACUCCAGCUUCCUGUGCACCCGCAUGUGGUCAGCACUCUGACCUUCAUUACCAGAGCUCCGCAGCAGCGGCUAGGAGUCGACUUCCUGUCAUGACCUCAGGAAAUAAAUUUCCUUGACUUUAUAAAAGCCAAAAUGUUUGCCCUCUUCCUUUCCCAUUCACUCCUGCCCCUGCCUGUCGUCCAGACCUUCAGCUGCCAGGUCUGCCCAGUGCGGGCUGUGGGGCGGGAGGAACGGCCAGCUUAGGAGCAGCUGGUCACCUAGGGCCUUAGACAGUCCUGCUUGUGCUUAUUUGAGGGUCUCUACUGUGGCCUCAGCCUCUCGGCCUAGAGCACAGUUCCUGGAGGCAAGGUUUCCUGUGUGGGUGCUGCCUGGGCCCCCUGUGGCUGUCACUAUGGCCUAGUGUGGCCAGAGGCUCACAGGACAUGGGGACAAGGGAGAUGGAUGCUUUAUCUCAGUGAGGAUGGCAACUUGGUUUUCAGACCACGCUCAGCCCAGGCCUGCCCUCCUCUUGUCCAGUUGCCUUCUUUCUACCUCAGCUGGUGUGGUGGUCUCACAGGGCCCAGUGCUGCCCCCCCAUGUGGGUUGUGUCUCCAGGGCCCACAGGGCUGGGGGCUGCCAAGCUCAAGGCCAGUGCUCGUCCUCAGGCCAGGGACUAGGGCUGGUCUAGAGCAGGGGCUCAGCAGCUGGGAAGGGCAGAUUUCAGUCCUGGGCCUGGAUGUGGCUUAGCCUGGGCCAAGGAGUGAAGUCAGAUGAGGACCAAAGGCCCUGCAGCCAGGAGCCCCACCUGCUGAGGAGCCCGCCUUCCUCAGGUGUGCAGCAGGUAGUGCCCUCACAAGGAAAGGUGGUCCUGAGCAGAGGUGUCUGCCACACGUGGGGACUGAGCCGCCUGCCUUUGGGCUGUCUUGAGUCCAGGUCCUUGGGCUUGUAGAAAGACAAGGCUGGACCCAUCGCCCAGCCGCCUCGCUGGGGCACCAUUGCUUCCUCGAGGGUACUCCAGGUCUCACUCAGCUUGGUGACUCAGGCCUGGCUGCUUUUAGACCACAGAGCUCCCAAGUGGGCCCGGUUCCUAUGGAUCUCACAUCCCCACAUGUGCCCACCUGCAGGAAUGAUAAACACCUGCCUCUGCCAUAGGCCACGGCUCUGAUUCUGCUGGGCUGGUGGGGUGGGGAGAGACGGCAAAGGGCUGCUGGUCUCCCCAGCACUGCUUCUUAACUUUUGUCACCCCUUCCAUCCGCAGGAGUCGGGACUUGCUCCUGUUGGACAGUUGUGUGUCCCUGCUCCCACCCAGCCCCUCUGGCGCACAUCCCACCCUCCUCUCUUCAUAGGUCUUCUGGUGCCCUCCCAAACCUCCAGCCCCUGCCUCUCCCCUGUAGGUCCAUUUUAAAUCCUCACAACUGGAUUUUGCACAUCUCUACCUAUUACUAAGUGCUGUGGAUUCAAGCCCUGCCCUGAGCUGUUCAGGGUCUCCUUGCUCCUUUUUGUGGUUGUCAAUACAAUGAAAUGACUGCCAGGUGUCUCCCUGCGGCCUCCCAGUUGUCGAGGGCCCUGGGCAGGGACCCGGGAGUGUCUCUUUUUGUCUCUUGUUGAAUGUCUUCCAUAUCCUGUGUUUCCAUAGCUACAUCCAUCCGUUGGCCUUAACUUUGGAAUUUGGAGAUUAUUAUGCAAACAUGUGUAAAGGCUCAUGAAUAUGGAUGACACUGGAAUUUUAUAAAUUCUAAAAUAAAGCCAGAAAGCU